AUGAGUGCUCUACUAACAAUUCCAAUAUAUCAAGAUUGUCGAUUAUUAUGCAGCAAUAAAUAUCUUGAAUCAUUGAGAAAUGUUAACACUGAUUCUUGUCAAUGUCAUUCAGAUCGAACAACUUCGAUUCAAUAUAAAUGUAAUUGUUCACCAGACUCGGUAUGUGUUGGUUUCAUAAAUAAUCGAUCAAUUUGUCUUUGUUCUUUAACAAAAGUUGGUCCACGAUGUUAUCUUAAUUCAAUGUGUCAAAUGGAUACCUGUAAGAAUAAAGGUAUUUGUGUGCCAUCUGAUCCUCGAUAUUCUUCGACAAAUUUCACAUGUGUCUGUCCAGAGGGAUUUUUUGGCGACAAUUGCGAAAAAAAAGAUGUACAAAUUGACAUAUCAUUUUCUGAUGUAGAACUUACACAAUUUAUAUUGAUUCACUUCAUCAAAGUGGCAAAACGUCAUCAUUUGAGCACAGAUCCAGCACCCAGUCGAAUAACUAUGUUCAAGAAAAUUCCAUUUAAUCAAAAGAUAAUUACAUUUCAUAUGGCAUCAGAUUUUCAUCUUGUCUUUGUUCAACUUAAGAAUGUUUAUUAUUUGAUUGUACUUCAGCAUGAAUAUACACCUUCAGUUGUUAUUUCUACACAAAUUUCUUCAUCACAACGUUGUCCACACAUUCGAGAACUUCUUGAUGAAGUCAUUGUUGGUUAUUCGAUUCUUCGUCGUGUAAAAUACUAUCAUACAGUAUGUAAACAACAUUCUCAUCUGAUGUGUUUUCAUGAUAAUGAGACAUUUAUGUGUUUAUGUACACAAGAAAGACAUGCGAAUUGUUUUCAUUUUAAUUUUAAUAUGACUUACGAUUGUUUGGGUCACAAUGAUUGUCAGAAUGGAGCACAAUGCUUCCAAGAUCAUCCACAUUGUCCAACAAAAACUAUAUGUAAUUGUCAAGAAUGUUUUUAUGGUGACAAAUGUCAGUUCACUACCAAACAUUCUGGUCUUUCACUUGAUUCUAUUUUGGGUUAUCAUAUUCAACCAUAUUUAUCGAUAAAUCAACAAUCUUUACCUGUCAAAAUCAGUAUAACAUUAGUAACAUAA